UUGGAAAUAUAGGUAUUCUGUUGGCAAACAUGCUUCGAUUGUUCGAGACCUUAAACAGAUGGAUUUCGAUCCAAAGGAGAAGUUUUGGACAAGGUUUCCGCCGGAAGGUACUAAGACUACACCGCCGCAUCAGUCAGUUGAUUUCCGGUGGAAGGAUUAUUGCCCUUUGGUGUUCAGACGUCUCAGGGAUCUUUUCCAAGUGGAUCCAGCUGAGUACAUGCUGGCCAUAUGUGGAAACGAUGCUCUUAGGGAAUUAUCUUCACCUGGAAAGAGUGGAAGCUUCUUUUACCUAACUCAAGAUGAUAGGUUUAUGAUCAAGACGGUCAAGAAAUCGGAAGUCAAGGUUCUUCUAAGAAUGCUUCCAAGUUACUACAAACAUGUCUGCCAAUACGAAAACUCCCUCGUCACUAGAUUCUACGGUGUUCAUUGUGUGAAACCCGUUGGUGGCCAGAAGAUUCGGUUUAUCGUCAUGGGAAACUUGUUCUGCUCCGAGUAUAGAAUCCAGAGACGGUUUGACCUCAAAGGGUCUUCCCAUGGGCGGAGUACUGCAAAGCCUGAAGGAGAAAUUGAUGAGACCACUACACUCAAGGACCUUGAUCUCAAUUUUGCUUUCCGUCUUCAGAGAAAUUGGUAUCAAGAGCUCAUGAAGCAAAUUAAACGCGACUGUGAGUUCUUGGAAGCGGAGAGAAUAAUGGAUUAUAGCCUUUUAGUUGGCGUUCACUUCCGUGACGACAACACAGGAGAAAAGAUGGGACUUUCUCCAUUCGUUUUGAGAUCUGGUAGGAUAGAUUCAUAUCAGAAUGAGAAGUUCAUGCGUGGUUGUCGCUUCCUAGAGGCUGAACUUCAAGACAUGGACCGGAUUUUAGCUGGCAGGAAACCAUCGAUAAGAUUAGGCGCAAACAUGCCAGCAAGAGCGGAAAGAAUGGCUCGAAGAAGCGAUUUUGAUCAGUAUACAUCAGGAGGAGCGACUCAUCCAUCUCACGGUGAGAUGUACGAAGUGGUUCUGUACUUUGGAGUCAUAGACAUCUUGCAAGACUACGACAUAACCAAGAAGAUCGAGCAUGCGUAUAAGUCGUUACAAGCCGAUCCUGCUUCAAUAUCAGCCGUUGAUCCUAAACUCUAUUCCAAGAGGUUCAGAGAUUUCAUCAGUAGGAUCUUCAUCGAAGACGGCUAAAAGAUGAUGAUGAUGAUAUAAGAAGGCUCAAGGAUUUUAACUAACAGUCUCGGCUUUUGUGGUUCCACGGAAAUGUGAAGAAGGCUGCGCCGGGAAGGGUAAAAAGGUAAUCUCAAAAGAGAAGGAGAAGGCGAUUUGGAUUUUUAAUUACAUAUUUUUGAGAUGAUCAACCAAAGUUUUGGGUUGGGGUGGAAGUUUUAUCUAUUUUUGUGGUGAGCGAUAUACUCUAUUAUAUAUAUGUGAAUAUAGAUUGUGAA